AUGGCAGAUAAUUUUCCACCAGAAUUGUCAUUUGACAAUUAUAAACUUUUGUCCGAUUUAUUAUUAAUUUCAUUUAUAUUAUUAUCAUUUCAUUCCCCAAGAUCUCUUCUUCAUUUAAUUAUUUUAAUUAUCAUAAUAAUUUGUUUUAUAAUUCAACCUAUAAUAUAUAAAGGAAAAUAUUCAGCAAUUGUACAUUCAAGAGUAUCAUCAUUUGCUAUAACAUUCGGAUUUAAAAUGUGUAUUUGGUUAAAAAAUUUUGUCAAUAUAACUCACAAUACAACCGUCUCUGAUUUUCAACCAUUUUUAUAUACUUUAUUUUAUUGGAGGAAAAAUGUUACGAGCGGGAAAAAAGAUGAUUUUCAACCUACAAAUAAACUAAUCAUUAAAAAUAUUUUAGAAAGGAUCGUAUUCAUGUUUAUUAAAUGGAUAAUUUAUGAAGGUUGUUUUAUAUUAGUAGAUAUGUAUUCAAAUAUAAAUGAGAUUCCGCCUUCUCCUUAUUUUUUUAGAAUAUUUGAUAUGUUUAUAAGUGGUAAAUCCCCUAUUACUAUUAAAUUAUUAUUACUUUGUUCUUUAUACAUGGUACUUGUUUAUUUUAUUAUGAGUUUAACUUAUGAUCAAUUUCUUUUAAUUACUGGAAUCAUUUUACUUUUCUUAAAUAUUAUUUUUCCUUUCCUAUCUGACACCAAUAUCACCUUUUUUAAAAGGAAAAUAAUUACUAUUAGAAGAUGGUGUAUCUCAUUUUUAUUUGAUACACAAUAUAUAUUUAAUUCACCAUGGUUAUCAACAUCUCCAAGAGAAUUUUGGAGUUAUAGAUGGAAUACAUUUUAUAAUGAAAUUUGGAAAGAAUUAGGAUAUAUUCCUUUACAUAAUUAUUUAAUCACUUCUCAUUCUUUUUCUUCUAAUAACAAAAAGAAAUUAAUAAAAAUGAUGGGAGUUUUAGGAGCAUUUUUUAUUAGUGGUAUAUUACAUGAAUAUUUAUUAUGGACAGAAACAAACAAAUUAACUUUAGAACAAUUCAAUUUCUUUUUAUUUCAUGGUAUAAUUUUUAUUAUUUGGGAAUUUAUUUCAAUUAAAAAUGAUUUUAAAGGUAGAAUUAUUUUAUUUUUAAUCUUAUUUUUUAGUUUACCUUCUAUGAUUGAACCUUAUCUUAGAUAUGAACAAUGGAUAAUACCAUCUUAUUUCAUAAAUAUUAAUAGAAUUUCUUCUUAA